GACCCCUUCUUCAAUUUCAGGCUUGGGUGGGCGCAAUCACAUUCUUCCAACAUCCUCGCAAACAAAGCAGGCAAUACCCAAAGCCGGCACGACAGCGCCACUCUGUAUCUCUUAUCCUACAUGCUUCUCCGAGCAUCCCCUCUUCUUCGCGCCUCCCACCGUCCAUUCUCCUCUGGGGUUCACAUGGCGCUAGCUGCCCAUCUCCUUGUCUAUCCCAACCAUCAAAGUUUCCCUUCAUGGCGAUCUUCUUCGCACUUGCCGCCUGUGUGUCAAGCGAAUGGCUACGACCGCAUUUCGCCCAAAUUAACAUUUUCACAAUUUGUUCGGAGUUUCUACGUCUUGUCGGGAACACACAAUAAGGUACAAAGGCCUUGUGGAAGGAUUUUCUGUGGGCAAAGAGAGUAUAGAAAGGUGAGGAGACGAGUCCCCAAAACCAAGAAAAAGGAAUUAGAGCUCAACGUCAGUAUCUGUAUUGAAGAAAAGUUGCCGGACGACCCUGAACUUUUGAGUAUUGCAGAAAUGCUUCGUUUGAAUGUUCCUAAGGCUCUGAAGUUAGCUUUCAACAAUUUAAAGGAUUCACAAUACAAAACUCGAGAUAGUUCAAUAAACGAUGUUGGUUUAUUUGAAAGUGUUGAGAUGUCCGUGCUACUUUGUAACGACGAGUUUAUCUGUAAACUUAACAAAGAAUGGAGGGACGAGGAUCAUGCCACUGAUGUCCUGUCCAUGUCACAGCAUGUCCCAGAACUGAAGCUUCCAAUUCUUAUGUUAGGUGAUAUUGUCAUUUCCGUUGAGACUGCUGCGAGGCAGGCGGAGGAACGGGGACACACGCUCCUUGAUGAGAUUCGGAUACUCCUGACAGGAAAAAAGAAGGAAGUCUCCGAUUUUACCGCCCAAGGUUCAGCUAUAUUUUCUGUGAUAUGGAUGGUACAUUGCUCAACAGUAAAAGUCAAAUUACUCCAACAACUGUCAAGGCCCUGAAGGAGGCCUUGUCAAGAGGUGUGAAAGUUGUUAUAGCUACUGGAAAGGCCCGCCCAGCCGUAAUAAGCAUUUUGGAGAAGGCUGGUUUAGCUGGAAAAGAUGGUGCCGUGUCUGAAUUUUCUCCAGGAGUUUUCUUACAGGGACUACUUGUUUAUGGCAGACAAGGCAAGGAAAUUUAUAGGCGGAACUUAGAUCAAGAUAUCUGCAGAGAGGCAUGCCUUUAUUCUUUAGAGAAGAAUGUUCCUCUGAUUGCAUUUGGUGAAGGCCGUUGCUUAACUCUAUUUGAUCAUCCACUUACUGAUGCAUUGCACACUAUAUACCAUGAGCCCAAGGCAGAGGUGAUGUCCUCGGUUGAUAAUCUUUUGGCUGCAGCUGAAAUACAGAAACUUCUUUUCUUGGACACUGCCGAGGGAGUUUCACGCGUUCUUCGACCAUACUGGUCAGAGGCAUCAGGGGAGCACGCCUCGGUUGUUCAGGCUGUACCAGAUAUGCUUGAGAUCGUCCCCUGCGGAACCUCGAAAGGUAGCGGAGUAAAAUUGUUGCUCGAUCAUUUGGGAGUUUCUUCCGAGGAGGUAAUGGCUAUUGGAGAUGGGGAAAAUGACAUUGAGAUGCUGGAAUUGGCAUCUCUUGGAAUUGCUAUGAGCAAUGGAGCAGAGAAAACAAAGGCUGUUGCUAACUUAAUUGGUCCCAGCAAUGAUGAAGAUGGUGUUGCAGAGGUCAUAUACAGAUAUGCAUUCUAGACACAAUGGGGCUUUGAGAAGCUUAUGAUCUGAUGAUUACACAGUCAAUUAUUGUGAUUGAAGGAUGCAAAUUCUGCCCUUCAACAUAUUCUUAUUAUUUUUCUCUCUCGACCAAGCCAAACUAAGAGAGUCAAGAUUUUUGCCUUUUAGUAGGGAGACAUAAGUUAUUAGCUUAGCCUUUUGAUGUUUUAUCUCCAUACACAGAAUGUCAUUGUGUUGAAUUACUAUUAAUCCCAUAUUCUUUUUAGUAGUCCGGAGCUGGCUUAAACAUUGUAUCCUCUUAUUUUCAAAUGAAUAAACUUCUGUUCUUACA